GCUAUUCACAACCAUCCCAAGCUGUAGGAAAUCUUAGCCACAGGGUCUUUUUAAAAUUAAAGCACUCACAUUUUUAUUUUUAAAUUUUAUUCUUAAAGCACAUAUUUACACAGGCGGUAUUAUAUAUAGCAUUUUUAAUGUAUUCCUCAAGAUCUGUAGAAAUCUAGUAUUCCGAGGGCGAAUUCUGUUCUCUGCAAAACAACUCUCCUGCAACUAAACAAACAAACAAACAAACAAACAAACAGGGUCAUGCAUGCACAAAUCACAAUCAUGUUUGCUUAAAUUAAAUACACUCACCCAGCACACAUGUUCAAUCCACCCAGUCCUCACAAUAUAAUCUGUAAUAAAAAGGGCCAUCCUGUCCUUGAUUUGCUGGUUCACUGAGGCUCAUAGCCAUUUUGUAAGCAAUCCACCAAAGAGAAAUAUUGUUAAAAGUCUACCCUUAUUGAUUUUUCCAUCUUCAAAUUCUGCAGCCAUCACGGCAGUGAAAAAGUUCUCAAUAUCUAUCAGGCUGUUAGGGUGUAGAGAAGCCAUGUGGGGCUUUAAAUUGGCCUCCAUUUUAAGUAGCAAAGGGCCUAUUCCCUCUGGUUUUGGUUUUCCACAGGCCUGUUCUAUACAUUCCCUAGCCAGAGCAUAAAUUUGAUGGUACUCCGUUGGUUGCCAUUUAUGGUUCUGGUUGGGGAGGAUCUAUCUGAACAUGUCCUUGCCUCUUUUUGUAUAUUCAACAGCACUCACCGAAGGAAGGAAGGAAGGAAGGAAGGAAGGAAGGAGGUUCCACCAAAGAUGAUGAGCAUUAGGGAUGAAGAAUUGAGUGCCCUCGAGACCUCUGAAGAUAAUGAAGGGCCUGUUCAACCCAGUCAGGCUGGGAGAGCCACUUUUUCGCUCUCAAAGGCUUUGGACCCAUAUCUCAUCCCAAAGGAGGAGGUUCUCACAACUCAGGCAGUUAGAAACACAGUACCUGAUGUGGAAUUCCAAGAACAGCAGCAACCCAAAAACAAGACACCUGGAGGCUCCAACGUGGAGGGCCAGCCACCCUACAAGAAGCCCAGAAGGGUCCGCCUAGAACCUGAACAUGAACCUGGGGUCCAUGAUGAGCAGGCGCUGAAUCUCCAUGCUAAUGAGUUCUUGGCCAGCAUGGCGCAGGCUACAGAAUACAUGCAAACAUUAAUAAGGGAUAAGGCAGAUGCCGUAGAACGCAUGACAGAGGCUGAGCAACAUCGUGAACAAGCAACGUGCAUCAUUUGAAAAGAAAAAGACAUGAUUAGGGAUAUUACACAUCAGCUGCAAGCUCUAAUAAGAUGUGGAACCACAAUGUGUGAUUUUGUAGACAGAAAUAAAAAUGAUCAACCUUA